UUCCUCCGGAGCUAUUCUAGUGUGAGACGCUCAUUCUGAGCAACUGCCUCAUUGCACAGCUAUUGCAAAUCCAAAGACCAUCCCCGGCAUGAGCGUGUCACUCAAAACACUGCGCCGGAGCGAUGGGCAUUUUUGCGGGCUAAAGUCAUGUCAUCCGAGACAUUUAAUUGGAGCCGGGCGGCCACAGGGGGACAGCGGACGGCAUUCCUGCACCGCCUGCGCCCUGUUGUGUUGCCUCUCGCCGCGUGGCCGCACCAGUCCGUGUGGAGAGCACGUCCGCGUCCGUCCGUGCAAAACCUGAGCUGCUGGAGUUUCCCCCCGAGCGACACCAGUGUGUUGGACGCUUUCACUUCACGGUGGGAAAACUUCUGAGCACAAACCAGUCGAGUUGGGGUCUCCACGGGGGAGCGGAGGUCAGCUCCUGGACGACAGACUUGUGCCAACUUUGCUGGAUUUGCGUAAAGGCGCAACGACCGAGAGACGACCUGCGCUUUUUCCCCCCUGAAGUGGUUCCACUGGGAAUCAAACCACAACCCACUGAGGACGUAAACUGCUUCAUGAUUUAAAACUACUCUCAAGUUCCUGGUCCGGGUUCACAGCUGCUUCAGGGAUAAAUGAUCACCUCAACCAGAAGAGUGUCUCCCGAUAAAUCUGAAGUUAGAAUCGCCUUCAGCCUCGAAGAAACCUCAGAUGUAAAAGAUGUGGGGGACCUCGCGAAGACUUUCCCAGACCUCGAACAGCGAUUACAGCCAGUUCCCCCCUGCGGGUCUCGGAGAGAGAGUGUCCAGGUGCACAAGGAGCACUGCAGGAUGGCCAGAGAGUUCCACCAGGUCAAACAUGAGAUGUCCCUGCUGGAGGACCGCAAGCGCAAGUUGCUGGCGGAGCUGGUGGAGGACGAGAAGGUCGCCGUGGAGAUUGCCCGUCUCGAGGAGGAGUUCCAGCGUCUGACGGAGGAGAACCGCAACUUGGUGACUGUCCACAACGAGCGCGCGCAGCAGCUGGAGAGGCUCUGCCUGUCUGACCGAACCAGUCGCGACUCCUCCUCGUGACCCCUGACCUCUGCAGCACCUGAGACCCACGCGGGGCGUCCAGCUGACACCGGGGCCAGGGAACCAACCAGAACCAGAAAUAAAGGCUCAGGCUGUAGCCCUCGUUCUAGACGACGGCGGUCUGUGAAUCAGUUAAUUACACAGACAGACGCCGUGUUUGUUCAUGUCUGAGUCAUUUGUUUGAACCGCAGAUGUACUGUCAUCAUCAGUGUGAAGGUGUUAGAGUGAAUCUACCGAGCUACGACACGAGCCCGUCUUCCCGAGUGCACUGUGUUGUUGUUAUGUGAUGUUCAGGGAACCUUGGCUGGUAAAUUCACAAUGUCAGCUGCUGUGAACGUGACCAGAUCUGUGUGCUACCUGUCUCAGGUCCUGUGGAGACUCAGAUCUCUUACCUGAGGUCUGGAUGUGGUCCAAACGUUGUGUGAUUCCCCCUGUACCUGCCUGUCGGGUUCUUGUUAUGGUAAAACAGAAAAUGAUUUAUCUGGGAAUUGUAGCCUAAUUGUGAGGAGCAGCACUGUUGAUUGUUAGGAGUUGUACAUUUUAUUUCCAUGUAGUGUGUCUCACUCACCUGUAGAAGGGGAAGUACACAGCAACUGUUGCUUUUUGUCCUCGACUAAUAAUAAAAUGCAUUUUAUUUUAA